ACCUUCAACCGAAAACAAUUUCCUGGAAAUGAGGAAAUAUCCACUAUACAAAUUGGUAUUUAUGUGAAAUUUGGAAGAGAAUAUUUAGUCAAACAGAAAUAUUUUUGGAGAGGAAGCUUGCUCGAAAUUUAAAUUUGGUUGAGACCCGUCAUUUUUUGUAAACCUUGUAAAAUUAAUACAAAUUUAUUAUGGCGCUGCGGGUAAGCAAUGGGACAAAGUCGUACCUUAAAGGAUCCUACAUUCUGAAAGAUCUCAACAUGAGUGUCAGACGGGGAGAAAUUUAUGGACUCCUUGGCGCGAGUGGGUGUGGAAAGACUACUCUUCUCUCUUGCGUCGUCGGCCUGCGACAGCUCGACCGUGGCGAUCUUAUCGUUUUCGGGCAACAAAGGAACGGUCACCUAGGCCAGUUGUGCGGCUACAUGCCACAAGAAAUUUCUCUCCUUAAUGUGUUCACUAUUAACGAAGCGCUUUACCAUUUUGGACUAAUUUAUGGCAUGUCGGGAAAAGCGAUAGAAAACAGGAUAGAUUUUCUCGCCAGCUUUCUCGACUUGCCAGACCGGUCAGCACAAAUUCAAUAUUUGAGUGGGGGCCAGAAGAGGAGGGUGUCCUUGGCAGUCGUUAUGAUCCACAAUCCCCCCCUCCUCGUACUUGACGAGCCUACUGUAGGGCUGGAUCCUACGUUGCGACAAAGAAUUUGGGAACAUUUAUUUGAUUUAUCACGGACACGAGGGACAACUAUGAUAAUUUCAACGCAUUAUAUCGAAGAGUGCAAGCGAUGUGAUAAGGUCGGUUUUAUGCGGGGCGGUCAACUUCUCGCCGAAGACACGCCCAAUGCCCUUCUCACAAUGUAUGGCGAAGUAUCCCUCGAAGGUGUGGCCCUCCGACUGUGCCGCCUCCAUGAGAGUCGUCCGUCCACCAACGCAGAUGUCCGCAACGAUAAAAAACCAUUAUCCACGGAUCCCGACAAGAUUUUCGGGGACGAAAAAACGGGCGUCGUGAAAGCAAAAUUCUACCGCAAGUUGUCCUUCGCGUCGCAUGACGACGUCGUCCACUCGCCCGUCAAUGUGGAGACGAACCAUUUAUCCAUCCUGUGCGCCCUCGUGCUCAAGGCGUGGCGGAGGAGGAAGCGGGACUGGAGGUUCAUAUUUUCCGAACUUCUAAUGCCGCUCGUGGUUAUUAUCGUGUUACAAAACGUUGUUGGUCUGGAGCCCAGAAACAUUGGAGUUUCAUUAGUCACGGGGAUUCCAAAUUUAACAAAUAACGCUCAACUGGAGAAAUACUGUGACUCACAAAGAAGCAAUAAGUCAAGUCCAUGCUUAGAAAAUUUAGGAAUAUGUGACUUCCUCGGAACCUUCAAACCUUAUGAGCUUGACUGGUUGGUCACAGAUUCUUGGGAAAAUGGUUUGAAUAACAUUCGCGCUGGGAGAUCUGCAGCCUUGGUGGAAUUCCCGCAGAACUACACCAACCACAUGACGAACUGGGCACUCGACAAAAAUUACGUUUCGAACGAAACCAUUCAUGGAACCACAAUCUCGAUCAGGAUGGAUGAGUCAAGUGUCAUAACUGCAACCUGGAUGAAACACUUGAUUGCGACCAACUAUUUUAAAUACCUUGGCGCCAUGGCGACGGCAUGCGGCGUCAGUAAGACGUCUGUCGAGCUAGCGGUUUACUUCAAUGCGAUCUACGGAGGUUUGGGGAUUGAAAGCAUUAUUCGAUUUUCCGAGCCGGCUAUGCUAGUUAUGUUGAUGCUGUUCCUCUCGCAGUCGGCGGGCGUAGUAUGGAUCGUGGAUCGAUCUGAAGGAUUGGAAGACCGCGAUUAUGCGGCUGGCGUGACGUUACUACAUCGCCUCGUUGCCUCCAUGGUGGCCGACUCGAUCAAGAUUGUCGUCCAACUUAUAGUCUUCGUCACUUUGUUGACGGCAGGGUAUGGGAUGCGUGUCCAAGGGUCGUGGGCGCUCAUGCUAGGGCUCAUUUACUUAGCGUCUGUUGAAGGAUUAGCGAUCGGUUGGAUGCUCGGAACUUUGCGGGAUGAUGCGCUCGAAGCGAUAAUCCUGGUUCUUUGCCUUUUCAGUACUCAGGCUUCAUCAUCAGGUCUGUUUUUGCCCUUGGAGUUGUCACCAGAUUAUGUCCGCCAAUAUUUUAGCCACUGGCUGCCCGCCACCUACCCCAACGAGGCAAUGAGGUCUAUCACAUCGAGGGGGUGGGGUUUGGAAAACUUUUAUGUGACGAGGGGCUUCAUAACUGGUUUGGGAUGGACGUUACUCUGUAUUUUGAUCGUUCUACUGGCAGAAAGUCGGAAACACAAGUAGGUAAGAAGUCAUGAAUUUAUUAAAGUGCGAACCUAUUUGAAACAGAUUAGCUAGACUUUCUCCAUAUGUGCAUAUUUGUAAUUUAUAAGUUCAUACCUAAUCUGAUUGUGCAAUCAUUGGCCUUUAAGCGGUCUCAAAAGCAUAGUAAUAAAUUCAUUCAUCCAAUCAUUCAUUUUUUCAUGAAUAAAAAGUAUUCAAAUUUUGA